GGCUCGAGUUCCUCUUUCGGUGCCCGGGAUCACCCCGCUCUUCGGCUGCAGCUAAUUGCUUGGCGAGCGUCCCCAGGGUGAGUUCUCUCGCGGCCGAUGGCGCGGACCAACGCCGAACUCCGCCUGGCGCCCCUCGACAGCACCUUUCAGGUCUGGGGCGAGCCGCCCCGCGCCCGCAAUCGCAGCCACAGCCACCCGGGGUACGCGCCCCACCACCUCCGGCCGACGCCCGACGACCUCGAGGACGGACGCGGCAUCGGCCGCCGUUGUGCCCUGCCGGGCGUGGCGGCGUGCACCUGCGCCGCCUCGGACGGCGGCUCGACCUCUGCGCCCGGGAGCAGCGCCUCGGAGGCCCCGGGCAGCCCAAGGGGGCACGAGGAGCAGGCGAGCGGCCUCGACGAGGAGAGCGCGCAGGAGCUGUGGCCGGACACCGACGAAGACGACGAGGCGUUCGAGUGGACGCCCUGCAGCAGCCGCAGGGGUGCCGCGGUCCCGGCUCCUGUCGGCGCAGGGGCCUGGGCGGAAGGCGUGGCUUGCUUCGCGUUCCUGGCGCCGCCGAGGGUCUUCGCCACGGCUCAGGCCAGCAUGGCUGCGUGCUCCCCGGCUGUGACUUCAGCCCUGCGCGCGCCGCCAUCAUUUCCGCUGGCCCCAGUGCACUUGCGCGGCCACGCCGAGGCAGCGCCGCCAGGCGGACUGCCAGUGCUGGCGCGCCCCGCGCUUGUGCUCCAGCCGGUGGCCGCCGUGGCGUUCGGUGGUCAGCAGUGCUCACCGCCGAUCCACACUGUGCCCCCUGGCGCCGCGGCCACCACCCCGUGCGGCGCCGACAGCUUGGAGUCCGCCAUGCGGUCUGCCGAGUCGGCGUUGGCGGCCAUCGAGUCAGAAGAGGCGGCGCCCGCGGCGGAGGGCCCCGGCUGCGCUGCGACCUCCCAGCAGGGGUCCGCGGCGGCGGCGGCGCGCGCGGCGGGCACGGCAGUGGGCGCGGCGGGGGCCGCGGCGGCGGCCCCACAGCAAACGCCGCAGGCGGGCGCGGGGAAGGCUGCGCGCCGGAUCGGGCCGGGCGUGACCUCUCUGAUGAUGCGCGGCCUGCCCCGUGAGGUGAGCCAGCACGAGGUGCUGGGCGAGGUCCACCGCUCGGGCUUCGCAGGCCGGGUGGAAACAUCGUAAAAGUCCUCUCUCUAUGCGUGGUUGUUGGACGGGCUCCGUGGGUGCCGGCCAGUGCGGCGCUUAGGCCGUUGCGGGUUUCUGUUGAUUGUCGUUCUGGGGAGUUUUACCAGCGGGGGCGUGGGGGCACCGCGUUUUCCACCCAGCGCCGGUUUCACGGGCACCUUCUUCACGGGUGUGCCGCUGGGGCUGCUACUGAUCACGCGGCACCGCAUUCGUUUCCAUAUGUUGAGUAGCCAUUCCUUUUAGUGGGUCUACUCCAGAGCUAGGGUGUCCCACCAACCAGUGUGUUGCAGGCAGGGUGGACUUCUUCUACAUGCCCCGGGACUUCGACUCUCGCAAGACCAAGGGGCACGCCUUCCUCAACUUCGUCUCCAGUGAGGUGGCCACCGAGUUCCAGAGGGCGUGGCACGGGCGCCCGACGUGCGCGGGCCGCCCGGUCGGCGCGCGUGGGCUCGACGUCUCCGUUGCCACACAGCAGGGCCUGGCCGUGAAUAUCAGCAGGUGGGAGGGCUCCCGCCUGAGGCGCGUGCGCGACCCGGACUUCCAGCCCUUCGUCCUGGGCCGCCGCGCAGCCCACACGGCGGGCCGCCCUUGAGGACCCAGCCGCGCGUGAGAGUGACCCUUCGCUGGAGUGGCCUUGGUUGCUGGCCCACUGGGGCCCCCCAGCAAUUGCUUGCGCGCUUCGAUUUGGCCCCCCCCACAUUGGACGCCCGCCCCUGAUGAUUUCGGGGCCCUGACUACAGGCGCGCAACAAUGGUCACCGUUGGCAGAGGUCACCUUUGCGCUCUGUGCCUGGCCGAAGGAGGGCCUGGCCGCUCCGGGCCGCAGCUUCGGCAGUUCCAUCGAGCGCGGGAAGGCCCAGCUUCUGACCAUGAGUAACUACUCCUGCGGGCGGCACCUCCUCUGGGCCUUUCUCUCUGCUCCCACCUCCUCUCUUCUCAUCCCUUCUCCUUCUCCUCCUCGUCGUCGUCCUUCUCUUCCUCCUGAUUGCAAAGUACCCGGUGGACGUGCGGCAAGCAGCAGGGAGGAAGUAGUUCUCGACGCGCAGGUGGUGCGAGCUUGCGAUGCGGAUCGCGUAGAACGACUUGGAGAACCUGCGGAGCGUCAUGGACGUACCCGAACGGGAGCUGCAGUCCGUCGAGAAGAUCGAGAAUAAUGAUGCCGAGAGGUUCCAGCGUCGUCAAGAGCUGCGCGAGAACACGGGCACCCCGCUCGACGGCGCCGAGGUUCUCGAGAAGUGCGCCGUUCCAGGUGGAGCGGCAAGCUCCAGCGGCCGCGCGUGAGAGUGCCCGCUCGCGCUUGCGGCUGCGCUGGUGAGGGCAUUUCGGAGUGCAGGCCAGCAGAGCCUACACCGACAUACGCGUCUUUUCCUGGAGCUCCGGCAGGUACGAAUUCAGAUGGACACAAAUCCGCGGGGACGACGAGUGGCAAACGAGGGCCCUGCAGAGACCGCCAGAGAGCUUUCCCAAUGGGC